GGCUGAGGCUAGCCAUGGUUGCUGUCGAUUACUACUAAGCGCGUUCAAGUGUGUCAAAGAUAAAACAUUUUGUUGUGGAGAACGGUUCUCGUGCUGAUGGAGAAGAUAGAUAUUGUAGCGGAAUGUAUUAUCAAAGUAGAACAGAUCAAAGAAGAGCCAGUGGACAAGAAAGAAGACUGUUGCUGGAAUUCCAUUGCAAAAGAUGAACCUAAACCUUUACAGCAUUCUGUUAAAGAAGAAGAAGAUGAUGAGUUGGACCCUCCACUUGCAGUGUUUGUUCAGCCAAUGGGGAAGCAAAGAGGAGCCUGUAUUGAAGAAGCAAUGGAUCCUCUUGUAUCCUGCUGUAGUGGUGCUUCUAUUCCUACAAUAAAACAAGAGAUCACUUCAUGUUCCCCAGUAGAUGGAGGGAGUUAUUCAUCAGAGAAAACCAACACAAUCCAGACACAAGAGAGCCAAAGUACAGACUUGGAAUGCAUCCCUAGGAGUAGAUUCAGCAGCUGUGCCCAGACCCCCCACCGCAAGGAACCGCCCCCAAACACGAGCAUCCACAGAGGAACACAUUUUAAGUGUUCUAUUUGCAAUAAGAUGUUCAAUAGAAAGGGGAAGUUGCAUACGCACGUGCGCACCCACACUGGUGAGAAACCUUUCCAGUGUUCCGUCUGUGAGAAGACCUUCACUGUAAAAAGAACCUUAGAUAAUCACAUGCGCGCACAUACAGGUGAGAAACCUUUCCAGUGUUCCGUCUGUGAGAAGACCUUCGCUCAAAAAGAAACUUUGUAUAAACACAUGCCCACCCACACUGGUGAGAAACCUUUCGAAUGUUCCGUCUGUGAGAAGACCUUCACUCAAAAAGGAUCUUUGAAUAUACACAUGCGCACCCACACUGUGCCAAAACCUUUCCAGUGAUGCAUCUGUGAGACGUUUUCUGAAAGAGGAACCAUGAAUAAGCACAUGCGUACCCACAUUCGUGAGAUCUUUCCAAUGUUCUCUCUAUGAGAAGACCUUCACUGGAAAAGGAACGUGGGAUAAGCACAUGCGACCCACUCUCAUGACAAACCUUUCUAGUGUUCCAUCUGUGAGAAGACUUUUGCUCAGAAAGGACCUUUGCAUGAGCACGUGCGUACUCACGUAGAUGAUAACCCGUUUCAGUUUUUUAUCUAUGAAGAUUCACUAAACUGGACCAAUUUAGAUAUACUAAUUACAUAUACUCAUGAUUAUCACAAUGAUUGUAUUAUUGGUGAUUUUAAUAUAGAAAUUUUGAUGAAUAAUGAUAUUUUCCGUUGGUAUAUAACUAAUUUUCAUGAAUUUGGCUAUAUUUCGCACAUUAAUGUACUGACAUAAGUAUGUGGGACAAUUUCUUUUAUUGACAUCUUUGACAUAGUUUAUAUAGAUGUUAUACCUCAUUAAUAAUUUAGAUAUUACUUGCUGUUUUGCCACAAUUUUUUGCUAGAUAGUACUUUUAGAACAUCCCAGAACAUUAAUAAAAAUCCAUUUACAGAGAAAAUUAAUGUUAAACUGAAAAUUAGAAAAUACUAAUUGGAAUGGUGUUUCCGAAGAAGAUAACGUGGAAGCUGCUGCAUGUUUUUUCAUGAGAUACAAAAUGUAAUCUACAUAUCUAAAUUUAAAAUUAAUUUCUCUUAUGAGAAUAAGCUGCAUAAAAGUUGAAUAACUUGGGGACUAAUAAGUAAAAUUAAAAAUCGGCUCCGUAAAUUAAAAAAAUAUCCUGGUGACAGUAGUUUGCAAUGUAAAUACGAGGACUUCAAAAAGUUGUUAUGCAUUCAUCAAAAAUUUAAAGAUUCUUACCAUACUAAUUUUUAUUAAGAUAUUUGGGAAUGUAUAAAAUUUGAUGUAAGCAGUGAUAGGAAAAAUUACUUGUAUAAACGAUAUAUUGUCAAAUAAUGAACUUGUUGAUAUGAACUCUGGUGUAGCUAAUGUUUUUAAUCAAUUUCAUGAAACGUUGGUCCAACCAUGGGGAUUUCGUCACGCUGAAUUAUAUAUCUCCACAUCGUAUUCACUCUCCUGCCCGUUCUGUUUGUUAUACCUACCUUCAAAAGGAAAUAUUAGGUAUUAUUGAUAGCAUGUGUAGUAAAAAGUCGGCUCGAGUAGUGGUAUCUCAAUUGACUAUUAAAAGUCUGCCUUUUUGUAAAUUUUAAAUUUCGUGUCUUUGUACAUUUUUGUAUUAAAAACUUGAUCCUAUCUUCAUUUUAAAAAUUAGAAUAGCAUUAAUUCAUUUCUUGCCCACAGGGCUGAGCCCUCAGUGAGAUUCAGCGAUGUGAUGUUUUGAACUUUAAAUGUGCACAUUUUCUUGUAUUAUGUUUCAUGA